ACGUAACAGCGGCUCGUGACUUGCGAAAUGGAGACGGGGGCAGUUUAGCAGGAAGCGACCCUCUCGCACCGAGGAUCUGCGGGCUUGAAACGAGGAGGGACGCACCGACGGGCCGCCACACAGCGACCGGCAGCCGGCUGCGCAACGACCCAUCGGCCCGUCGACUCCCCGAGAAAAGGUCGGGCUCCUCGUGUUGGGAGACGAGCCCUGUGGAGCGACUCGGUGGAUUUACGCUGACCAUCUUCUCCCUUUGGACGAUGAGUCAUCAGCUCAUGACAGCACCGUAGGAGAGACGCUCCGUUCCUCAUCCGUUCCUCUUGUCUUUGCAGUGCGGCCAUCGGUAGGAUGAUCUGCAAUCAAGAAGAAGAUGAGUUCGUGGCGGUGCGGGUUCAGGAUCCCCGGCUGCAGAAUGAAGGCUCCUGGAAUUCGUUUGUGGAUUAUAAAAUAUUCCUCCAUACCAACAGUAAAGCCUUCACAGCAAAGACGUCCUGCGUGCGGCGGCGCUACAGUGAGUUCGUCUGGCUCAAGAAGAAGCUGCAGAAGAACUCCGGCCUGGUGCCAGUCCCAGAACUUCCUGGGAAGUACUUCUUCUUCUUCAGCAAUGAGGACUUCCUGGAGAGGAGGAGGAAAGGGCUUCAGGCCUUCUUGGACAACGUGGUGAACACGACGGUGUGUCUGUCCGACAGCCAGCUGCACCUCUUCCUGCAGACCCAGCUGCCGGUCGGCCACAUCCUGGACUGCGUGCAGGGCCACACGCCGUACUCGGUGACGGACGCCAUCCUCACCUACGCCUCGUCCAACCGGGGCUACGCUCAGGCGCAGGAGGAGGACGCCGACGCCGCCGCCAACAAGGAGCCCAGCCUGAGCGUGUCUUACGAGUCCAUGGAGAGCCCGGCUCCUCACCAGCCGUGUCUACAACCCAAAGAGCUCUUCAGCCCCGAGCUGGUGGCCUGCGACAGAGACUCCGUAGAGCUUCAGCAGAAGGAGACCACCCCGCUGGAGGUCGUCCUCCGGGACCUCGGCCCGGCGGAGGCCACUUUCUUCCUGGGCGACGGACGGGAGAGACUCCCGCAGACGAGUUUCCAGAUCCAGACGUCGGUGGAGGUGCACUCGCCCACGGGGGCGGGCUCGGGGAGAGCGGAGAGCGCCGCGGCGUUGGAUGGCGCGGGAGAGACCGAGCCCCAUCCAGAAGAUCGACGGGAAAGUUCUGGAGAAGCGAAGCCGAGCGAGGUGGAAUCAGAGCCCAAAAGUCGUGCAAACUCUGCCGAUAUUCUACACUUUGAGGACGCUGAGCGGGGGGAACGCGGAGCGGGAAGCGGCGAGGAGGGAGUUCCGUCCGCCAUCUGCUCGGGGCGGCGGGUUUCAGAAAGUAGCGUCUCCUCCGAAGCCGAAGGUCGGCCGGACGCCGAGGUUCGUCCGGAGGAGGCGUCCAACGACUCAGACGGCGGAGGAAGGGCCGAGGCGACGCCGCGCUCGGGAAUCCACGCUCCGGCGCCCGAUGCUCCGGAGGUGAGGAGCGGCGGCGAAGACGACGACGUCCCGGGAGCGGAGCCAGCCGACGUGGACGUGGACGGACACUCGUCCUCCAACGGGAGCAUCGUCCAGGUCAGCGACGGGGAAAGCUUUGGCGAGGACUCGAUCCCGUCCGCUAACGUCUCCACGGAGACGCCUCCCGCGGACGCCGGCCGCUGGUCGCCGGCAGAAGACUCCGGGACAAACAGCGGGGACGUUUCUGCCCAGGAGGACGUCGGCGACUCCGCUAAAUCCCUGGACCCGGACUUGAUUCGACCGGUGGAGCUUUGACCCGAAAACAGUGACUUCAGCAUCUUUGAGAGCAGCCGCGUCGGUUCGGACGGCGCUGAGCCACAGCAGUGCAUUGUGGGAGUUGCUCAUUGGUUCACACGUGCAUGAACAAGAAAGGGCAUUAAAAAUGUGCUCCUUUAAGUUCCGUCGUCCCAAAGUGGACGAGCCGCUCCGUCGACCUUUCUUCAUUUUAAGUGUUUAUUUAAUUUUAAAAGGCGUUAUUAACUCUGCCGCUGUCUGGCCUCCUGGGAGCAGCAGGGGGCGCUGUAGUGCACAGAAGCAGCGGAUCUUUUUUUGGUUUCUUUUAAUCAUAAAGGUUAUUGUUGUGUUUACAUACGGCGUGAUUUUAUUUUUAGUUUAUGUUUUUAAUGGGAUUUUUCUAAAAAUCCAUUCAUGACGAUUAAGUUAUAGAACUGAAAGUUAAUGCACAUCUUUACUUUAAAAAGCCUACAUUUUCACUUUGUGGACUUCUAUGACGCUUUAGUUGCUGCUGUGAGGACGGCGGUCUGAGUGACACAAAAAGUCCAUUUAGGAUCCAAUUAAAUCCGUCAGGGAAAGUAAGAAAAGGAGAAACACUCCUCAAACUCUAAUGUUUGGAGUCACUGGGUCCCUCAGAUCCACAUUCUAACUGGUUUGGAUUAAAUGAGCUGUUAUAAGAGAACAUCUGGUUAUGUUAAUACAAUUUGAAGUAAGCUUAAUGAUUAAUCUGAACCCUGUGCAAAUACACCUUUUAAGUCUUAUGAUCUUGAUGAUGUGCAUAAUCUUCAGCUCUAAACGCUUGUUACC